AAGUCAGAGCAGGCUCAGGCGCGGACCAGACUUGACGUGAGUCUCAGGACUUCAGGGGCGUUCAGGAGGCUGCCAGCUUCCUGGAGCCGUCCCUAGCCCGAGCCCCGCGUUCCUAAGCCUGUGCCCGCGGGGCGGCUCCGAGCCACUUUCGGUUAGGCGUUCGAGGCGAGCCCGCGAGCACCUGACAGCCGGGCCCGGAGGUCUCGCGAGACCCGUGCGCUGCGCGAGCACGACCGGCGUCUUUGGAGUAGCCUGGGCGGGAGUGGCGCGAUGGACGAGGAUCUGGUGGUUGCCCUGCGGCUGCAGGAGGAGUGGGACGUGCGCGCGGCGGCGCGGGAGCCCGUGUCGUUGGUGGAUUCGUCCUGGGAGCUGGUGGACCCCACCCCGGACCUGCAGGCGCUCUUCUUGCAGUUUAACGACCGCUUCUUUUGGGGUCAGCUGGAGGCGGUGGAAGUGAAGUGGAGUGUGCGCAUGACACUGUGUGCUGGGAUUUGCACCUAUGAAGGAAGAGGAGGAAUGUGUUCCAUCCGUCUCAGUGAGCCCCUUCUAAAACUGAGACCAAGAAAGGACCUUGUAGAGACUCUUUUGCAUGAAAUGAUCCAUGCCUACUUAUUUGUCACUAAUAAUGAUAAAGACCGGGAAGGACAUGGCCCAGAGUUCUGCAAACAUAUGCAUCGAAUCAACCAACUGACAGGAGCCAACAUAACGGUCUACCACACUUUCCAUGACGAGGUGGAUGAGUACCGUCGGCACUGGUGGCGCUGCAAUGGGCCCUGCCAGCACAAACAGCCCUACUAUGGCUAUGUGAAGCGAGCAACCAACAGGGCACCGUCUGCCCAUGACUACUGGUGGGCUGACCACCAGAAAACUUGUGGAGGCACCUACAUAAAAAUCAAGGAGCCAGAGAACUAUUCAAAGAAAGGCAGAGGAAAGACAAAACCAGGCAAGCAGCCAGCCUCAGCAGUGGAGACUAAAGACAAGCCGUCCAGAGGGGAGACCCAGCCACUCAUUCCAUUCAGUGGAAAAGGGUAUGUUCUUGGAGAUACGAGUACUUGUUCUUCACCUGGGAAGUUGAACACCUCAUACAUGGUUAAUGAAGCCAAAGGUCUCUCAAGUCAAGAUCAUUCAGCAAGUGCCUUGAGACUCAAUUCCAACAUUGAGGUGAAAUGUGAACAGAAUGGUUUCCCAAGUAAAAAAACUCAUCUGGUCUCCCCUGUUCCCACUGCUAGUCACCAAAGUGUCCUGAGCAGCUAUUUCCCCAGAGUCUCUGUUGCCAACCAAAAGGCUUUCAGAAAUGUGAAUGGAUCCCCAGUAAAGAGUGGGACAAUUGAGGAUGGCACUAAGCAUUCAGCCUCAUCCGAUUCUCAGAGAAAGGUUCCACCUUCCAGAGCGUCCCUGAGAAAUGCCUCCAAAGUCAUGGCAUCUGCAACUGUGACAUCCUCAUCCAUAUCCCAAGAGGAGAGUGGGUCUGAAGACCAGUUCCCAAAUAAGCGACCCAGGUUGGAGGACAGGAUUGCUUUGGAUAGUAUCAACAAGGAGCAAACACAGAGUGAUGGUGGUGAUCUUCAGAAUAGCUCACGGCCCACAGCCACCAGCACAGUUCAGAAUUCAAGCAGCUCAUGCAGUCAGCGACGGCUGGUCAACUGUCCAGUUUGUCAGAGUGUAGUUUUGGAGUCACACAUCAAUGAGCACUUGGACCGCUGCCUGGAAGGUAACAAAACCAAUCUCCGACCUCGAAGAGUCUGAAAUGGAGUGGGUCCCACACCACAUGUUGGCUUAUGGUGGUGUUGCCCUCCAGGUGAAGGAACUGUGGGUUACAGCCAGGCUUAUUACACCAACAGUGUUCUGUUUUACAUACACAUAGUGAGCAGUUGAGUCUGCCUCUCCAUCCAGGUGUGAUGCUCCGACCCUAUAGUUCCAGGUACUCAGGAAGCUGAGGCAGAUCAUCGCUUGAGCCCAUGACCCUGGGUAAUGUAGGGAGUUGCUGUCAUCCUGUGUGUCAAGGUGCUGUGUUCACCCGUGCCUUACCAGGACUUUGGCUCAGUUUUUCCUGUAGAAAUGUAUGAUUUUAGGUACUUUUGUUCUCCCUUGUUUUUGAAGGUUUUAGAGUAUUUUUAUUUGUAUAGUCUUAAGAUAGUCUUAUCAGGAGUCCCGACAGUCAAAUACUUUUAAUAUUAAGGUUCAUUCUUUGAGCUGAUGUUAAUCUUUGACAUCAGAUUCUUUGUCCAGACUGUAUGAAACAUAGUAGUUGUUCUAAAAGUACUCAGAGGUCUUUUUUUCUUUUUUUUUUCUCAGAAUCGUAGCAGUAAAUAAGCUUUCUGUAUUUUAAAAGAAUUUACUUUCUACAUAAAGGUGGUAGCGAAUUUUAAAGACUUCUAUAUUUUCAGUAUAAAAAAUAUAUAUAUAUAUAUAAAAUAUAAUCUGUCCCACCUUUACUAAAAAGUGGCAGCAGAUUUUAAAGACCCUCCUGUAUUUAAAAGAAUUUUCUAACUCCUUACAGCUCAUGCUUAAAAUCCCAGCACUUGGGAGGCUGAGGCAGGAAGAUGGCUGUGGGGUUUAAAGCCAGCUUGGGCUUACGUUCCAGCCUCGGCUAUAGUGAGACCAUGUCUACAAAACAAAACAAAACAUUUUUACCUCUGUCCCAUCUAUAUGUGUCAAAAGGUGGCAGCAGAUUUUAGAGUAAAGUAGAUACAGAAUAUAUAGUACAGUUUUGGAAUGUUACAGCGGUUACUCAGUUCUGCAGGCCAGAUUUGAUGGGGACUUAAGUGAAUCGUUAAAACUUGGUGCUAAAAAGUAACUGAUAUAUUAACAUCUCACAAAGCUGCCCACUUCCCUGGAGAGCAGAAAGAUGUACAGAAGCAGCACUGUGAACUCUGUGCCAUGUGAGAAACAAAAGCACUAUUAUCCGAGCACUGGGAAGUUCUUGCUUCAUCUUUCCAUGUUCAGCAGAGGGACACAGAUACUUGGCUCAGUUUGUCUUAUGGCUGUCCCUCCACCUGGCUGACGUUGCUGCAAGGUCAUUUAUACAUUGUAAGGUGCACAAAUUUUGUGAGCAUCUGGGUGAACCUGGUUUGCCUGGUGUUCCACUGUGUAACUUCCCCCAUUACCUCCCCAAGAGGGGCUGGGGGAGUCCUGUUGUAGUUGUCUCUUUAGAGUGCCUACCUUCUCCAUCCCCAAAGGUCACAGUUUACCAGAGAGUGUGAAGGUAGUGUCUUUGUUACUGUGUGUAAACGUUCAUUUUCAUUCCUCUGUAGAAUUUAAAGAUACCCGAAGUUUCCCCCUCACCCCAUUGGUGAACCAUUGGAAGUAUCCCAGUGCAGGGCUAAGUAAUGCUGACACACCCACUCGGGAGUGGAACUGGUCUCAGGGCGUCUCUGUGUUCAGCUCCAUCAAACUCUGAAUUCCCUCCUUCAGCAGUGUACAAGUGUCAACUUUUCAGCAUUCUUGACAGGAUCUUUAGUCUGUCAGGUUGGAAAACAAGUUUUGAUAUUUCUUAAAGCAUGAAGUUCAAUAGUAUUAAAUGUUUUUAUAUAAAUGGCUAUUAAAGUUUUGUGUUUGAAUAUAUGCCAUAUUUUUAUCAAUUUAACAGGUUAUAAGCAAUUAAAUAUUUUCUGAGCCAAACUGCAUGAAGUUCUAGGGCUAUGAAGUAAGUGGUAGUUCAUGCCUUUCAGGAGCUACAUCCUCGGAAGGGGAAAGAUGUAGAUUAAUCUCAGGGCCCUAUAAUAGUGCUGGGACAGGGUUCCACCCUGGCACUGUUUUUUAGUGAAUUGAGUUAGCUUGUUAAAUGGGAAGGGCCUCAGUAGGCAGGGAGGUAUCUGGGCACAUCCUGUGUGAGAUGCAGGAGGAAGAGUGCAGAUAGACAGGCCUAGCCAGCAUAAGGGUGGGAUACGGCUGCCGUGUUCUCCAGUCCUCUGUGCAGUGCCAGUUGAUACAGGGCAGGAGGGAAAGAGGAUGAGCUAGGUGCAGAAAGUACCUAGGUGCAGUUGGGAGGCAACAUCAGGUUCUGAAAUGCUGGAGAGAAAGUGGAAAUUUAGUGAGCCCAUACUUGUUAGAGAAAACUUGCCCCUAAGAAUAGUUAUCCCUGUAUCUGUCAUUUAUAUUUACAUUUAUUUAUCAGUGAAACGUGCUCCAUUUUGUUAGUAUUCUUUGGAAGCAAAUUUCUAACCUCACAGUGGAGCUAAAGUUGGUUCAGCUCCCCACUGUAGGGCCACAGCCAUAGGUUCUGUUUCUAUAGAAACUUGUCUUUACACCCCAGUGCCAUGCUGGUUAACAAAGCAACAUGAGAAACCUUUAGUUGGCUUUGGCCAACUGUGCACACACACUGUGCACAUACUCAGAUCUUAACUGGGAUCAGAGGUAAAUGGGAAAACACUAACUGAAACCUCAUCUUCUCCCAUUGUUCCAAAGCUCUAAGGUUGUAUUUUUUUCAAAGAUUUAGAGAAUUUAAAAAUAAAUGAAUGUUUUGACGUAAAGCGA